AUGGCUAAUUGUGUGCAAUUUCACACUGGCUGCGCUUGGUUAGGCCCUUGCCGCGACAGAAAUGACCAAUGCAUUGGCAUUGUCUAUGUUCCAGUGUCUUUCUUGAAGUUUCAGAGAGACCUGUGUCGCGAGCCCGACCCAGCAAUCACGUCACAUCUGGCGUCCGUUCUCCAACAGGACUAUGACCACGACACGUGCCACAACGCAAUUGAAGGUUAUAUCGAACACACAGAAGUUGUUGAUGUAACAAAGAAACUUGAAAUGUCAGUUGGCAAACUGCAGGAGACAAUUUUCAACGGCCAAAGACCUGUGCUUAGGCAUCCAAUAUCCUGCGUUAACGGCCAGCACAGAACCUUGGCCGCAAGAGCCGUUUUUGGGGAUGACGCUGUGUGGACGGUGAGGCUUCUUUGCAGGCCGGGUGUCGAGCUCUCCACCGUGCUCCAAGAUAUCACUACUUCUCAGACCCUUGACAUUCGAUCGCACCAGACUCGUUACUCGGAUGGCGAGGUCUUUCGGAAGAUCUGUCAAUCAUGGAAAGAGGGCAAGAUGGGGCAAGCUCGCGAAUGGACAGAGCGUCUAGGCAACCAGAAGAAAGUCAACCUUCGGAUGAUCAGAGAGAACCAACGUAUCCACAACUGUCUUGUCGAUUUGAUACCCUUUCCUGGUCUUCUCCAUAGCCUUCCUCUUGGCAGCUUCCACAAGCACCUAGCCCUACACUGCGACGAAGAAAUAGUCCUAUAUCUGCAGCAUGUCCGCACCGUCUGGCUGGAAUUAACCUGCAAUCACCCAGCCAUCGUUGAUAUAGCAACCGUUCAACUUCUCCAAGGGCGAGCCCCCGGGCUCAGUAACAGCGACCGAGUGCUAAUCGAAGACGCGUUCCACAAUGACGAGAUCUUCACCAGAGUUCAGGACCCCCAACUUCGAGCGGAGGUGCGGGAUAGCGUGUUUCGUUUUAGGGGCCUUGUUCCGAGUCUCAAGUCCUUCCAGGAGAACAUGAAGUAUCUCUCUAUUGGUGUCUCUAUUGUGCUGGACCUCAUGUUCGCAGGGUUAGCUCGGGGUAAGAUUUGGAAGAACGAAAAUCACAGGUGGACGCUCCAACAGGUGCUCCGACGAUCUUGGUCCCCGCCUCCACAGAACCCGAUGGAAGUGAGCGAGGGUCACUUCCUACAAUAUACAGGGCUUCUCUCCUUUGAAACCGCCUAUAUACAAGUGGUUCUGGCGGCCUUGAGAAACUUCCCUCACCUGUCUAACCAAUAUAGGCCAAGGAUUGAUCCAGCAGGAGACGAAAUUCUGCCAGCAGCCGACCCUGCUAGAAUCUCGAUGUUUUAUGAUAGAGCUCACCUCCUUGGCUUUCAAAUCCCAGCCAAAACAUCUUCAGGGGACUCCUGUUCAGUUAAGCACUUGGAACCUGGCUCACAAGCUCCUAGAGAACUACCGUUGAACUACCGUUGGGGCGUUCCUUACAGCAGUACAUUCCGAGAAGCCCAGGACAUCAUGUUUCUUCCUCGUCUUGCGAAUGCAGUUUCGGGGGAAGAGGUGUCGGUCCAAGUCGUCCAGCAGGACCUAAUCUCCUCCUUUUUCGGCGUUUUGGGAGAGUGCCGCCAAACUUCCACAGGAACGGUCACCAUACCGCAUCAGAACACAGCCAGCCAAGACGUGAACAUGGACCAGGGCAGCAGCGGACAGGACCCGUCGACCCGCCCGAGGGCAUCGACGACUGUAAGCCUCCGCGACGUAGGGGCACAGUAUCUCGUAAACUAUGUUCAGCUACCCUCGGUCUUGAGUCAGUCGGCCACGGUUCAUUCGUCGGUGGACCACUGGCUGGAGAGCUUUCAAAACACCAGUGAAGCAGACCAUCAAACAUGGUCUCAGUCACGAUCUGGGAUCGAAACCCCUUCCUACAGUUGGUCGGGCGGACUUGACGACCGAGGAGAGAUAUUUCAUUCACACUCUACCACACGUUCACGCUCACCUACAGGCGCAUCGUACCUGGCUAUGAGUUCUCCGGUGAUCUCAGCUUCUUCUCGCUCUGCUAUUAGCGCAAGUGGUAUACCAGCACGACGGGCUCUACAAUCACUAAAUGUGACACCUCACGCAGCGCAAGAUACAUCUCUUACGUCUCAGCCAUCAUUAGCAUCACGGUCCGCCAUAGAAUACAACAGAAAUUCUCCAACAGACCCAACUCCGGCAUCUUUCCCUGAAAUACCGCCCGCUCACCUAUGGAUGAAAGAACAAGCAGGCAUUGCGUCACUACCAAGCUCAUCGCUUUUCUCCAGAUCUGAAAUAGGAGAGGGCCAAAAACCUUGGAGUAAUGAUCCGUCCCAAGCUCAAAACGGCUGGUUCUUUCGUCGUCUGCCACCACUUAAGUCAUAUUUUCCAUCUCUUCAAUGGGGUUCUCAAGCCCCUGCAGAUAGAGAACCUGUCAGACUAGACACGUCUCACAAGGCAACGAGCCCAUACAGCAGCGUCCCACUCACCCCAGAGUCGGGGCACUCUCGGUCGGGGAUCGGCACACCUAUAGUAUAUCAGCAUGAGCGGCUUCUUACGUCUCAACGAGAGGGAGGAGCUCCGUUAAGGCCUGACAGCAAUUACUGGGAUAUUGUCUAA